UGUGUGGACAUCGGACAACAAGGAGUUUGACAGUGGAGAAGAAUGACGGUUUUAAUCUUGAGGAUUUUUGUUUACUUGUAUCUAAGUGCAGGUGUGUGGAGUGUCCAUCAGAUCCAGUGGCUGCCUUGUUACUUCAUUGAUGAGCGUUUGUAUUUGAACAAGGACAACCACACUGAGACUCGGGUCAUCCCCAGAGAGGCUAUACUUCAGUUUGGUCAGAAAGGAGAUGCUCCUGUUAACCCAAACACCAUCACUUUCCUGGUCAUCAGAUCAAAGUUGGAUCUGCUGCAGUAUGUGGAGGGGGUGGAGGCAGAGCAGCUGAAGUGUGAGCUGCACAGAUACAGCACAGAGGGCGGUUACGUCCGCUGGCCUGUCCUCGGUGCCCGGGAGUACAACCACUGGUUUAUCUGCAUCCUCAGACACAGCAGGGGCCGCUUCACAGUCGCUGGCACCCUUAGACACCCCUCUGACCAGCCUCCCCCAGGGCAGCCAGACUACCACAACUGGUCUGUCAUUGCUGACAAAGAGGUACUCACCACUACAGUUGCCAUGGUCAUCAAAACACAGACUCCCUCAGUUAAAGCACGCCUGAAGUCCCAGCAAAAGCUCCACUGCCAGUUUGAUGUUGACCACAAGGGUGCAAAGGUCACUGUAGAGUGGCAUAGGCACCGCCCUGGUGAGAGGACCAAGCUCUUCAGUUACAACAGGCGCACAGGACAGACCGAGGGAAGCGGUGUCGGACUACGUGCCCUUGCGGCUGGAGAUGCCUCCUACACCCUCGCCUCCACCACAAUGAUCAGUGAAGGGACCUACAUUUGUUCAGUGUCCGUGAAUCCACUGUUUGCCAAGGUGGAUAUAUAUCUGCAGAUUGAAGAGUCUCCCCAUGUCUCCCUCAAUGUUGGAACCACCCUGUUAUUGCAGGAGGGCAAGGACUUGAUGGUUAAGUGUGAGGCAAAUGGCUACUACCCUCGGGAUGUGGAGAUAAUCUGGUACGAGGAGGAUCCAGGCACUCCACAUCCUAAGCCACUGAACCAUAGUGUUCUGUUCAGCCACAAAGUAAAUAGGGACAUGACCUUCUUGCUGUCAGGUGUUUUCUACCUCCAGGCUGCGCUCAGGGACUCUGGGAAAAAGUUCACAUGCAGCGUCUCCCAUCAGUCCCUGAAAGUGCCCAUCACAAAGAGUUUCACCCUGAUUGUGGAAGAGCCAACAAACUGGAUUUUGUACCUCGUUGUGGGCUCUUUUGUGAUCCUGCUGUUGUAUGUGAAGCGGCGCUACCUGCACUCAGGUGUGUGGAGUGUCCAUCAGAUCCAUUGGCUGCCCUGCAACUUCAUUGAUGAGCGUGUGUUUUUGAAUAAGGACAACCACACAGAGACUCGGCUCAUCCACAGAGAGGCUAUACUUCAGUUUGGUCAAAAAGGAGAUGCUCCUGUUAACCCAAACGUCAUCACUUUCCUGAUCAACAGAUCAAAGUUGGAUCUACUGCAGUAUGUGGAGGGGGUGGAGGCAGAGCAGCUGAAGUGUGAGCUGCACAGAUACAGCACAGAGGGCAGUUAUGUCCGCUGGCCUGUCCUCGGUGCCCGGGAGUACAACCAAUGGUUUACCUGCAUCCUCAGACACAGCAGGGGCCUCUUCACCAUCACCAGCUUCCUCAGGCGCCCCUUCGACCAGCCUCCCCCAGGACGGCCGGACUACCACAAAUGGCCCCCCAUCCCUAACAGAGAGGUGCUCACCACCACAGUUGCCAUGGUCAUCAAAACACAGACUCCCUCAGUUAAAGCACGCCUGAAGUUCCAGCAAAAGCUCCACUGCCAGUUUGAUGUCGACCACAAGGGUGCAAAGGUCACUGUGGAGUGGCACAAGCAGCACCACGGUGAGAGGACCAAGCUCUUCAGUUACAACAGGCACACAGGACAGACCCAAGGAAGUGGUGUUGGACUACGUGCCUUUGCAGCCGGAGAUGCCUCCUACACCCUCGCCUCCACCAUGAUAAGCAGUGAAGGGACCUACAUUUGUUCAGUGUCCGUGAAUCCACUAUUUGGCAGGGUGGAUAUAAAUCUGCAGAUUGAAGAGCCUCCCCAUGUCUCCCUCAAUGUGGGACCCAGUCUCUCACUAGUGGAGGGUAACAAGAGGAAGAUUGUGUGUGGGGCAAACAGCUACUACCCUCGGGAUGUGGAGAUAAUUUGGUACAAGCAGGAUCCAGCCAUGUUGGACACUCCACAUCCCAGGUCACUGGAGAAUGUCUUCCUUUCCUACCACAAAGAAAAUCAGGACAUGACCUUCUCGUUGUCGGGCUUCUUCUACCUCCAGGCUUCGCUCAGGGACUCUGGGAAAAGGUUCACAUGCAGCGUUUCCCAUCAGUCCCUGAAAGUGCCCAUCACAAAGAGCUUCACCCUGAUUGUGGAAGAGCCAACAAACUGGAUGUUGUACCUCGCUGUGGGCUCUGUUAUGAUCCUGCUGUUAUAUGUGAAGCGGCGCUACCUGCACUCAGCAUGGAGAACGUUAGCAGGUAAGGCGAUAUAAAAACAAACAAACUGGAGGACUGGGAUCAGAGCGAGAGGAUGUGGCCCCAUUCUCAACACACAAGGCUGGCUGGCAAACUGUCCUUUCUGGGGUCCCCAUGGAAACAUCAGUGAAAGGUAGAUUUGUGUCGAUGUGUAAACUCCUGCAUGUAUGAAUGUAAAACAGUGCAAUAACAUUAAAACUACUGAAGAUUACGGGUUAGCAGCUGCUGAGCCAGUGGAUUCAGGAGCCAGGACUGAUUCUUCUGAUGCACGAGACACUUUUUGGACUAAACACUGGGGAGACAAGGUUCUAUAUAGAGCUGAAUAAAAACAGAGUAUUGGAAACUGAAUGUCAGUUUACUAAAUGAAGAUUACUGUAAAAAUUAAUAAAUAUAAUAAGGAUGCUGAAAAGAAUGAAUCCACUGUAGAUUCAGGUUAGCAAACAGGAACAGAAAGAUCUCUUUCAGACUGGAAUGAAAUGCAAACCAAGCUAGUGUACUUCUAGUGCUGGUUUAUCAAGGCUGGAUAAACAGGAGGGUUGCAUCAGGAAGGGCAUCCAAUGUAAAAUCUGUGAUAAAUAAAAUAUGCACUACCUUUACUACAAGCUUUUAUUUAAACACUCAGAUGAAAAAUAAACCAAGUUAGAUGAUGUUUGGAGAGCGUGGGCAAUUCUAGGUUUAAACCUUUUGGGGGGGGGGGGUUCAGCUCCCAGUCAUAAUGUCAUGCAUGCAGUGCUUUAUUUAUUAGUAAUGGAACAUGCUGUUUGCAAAUGUCAUCAACCUUUUUUACACAGUAGCAUUAUAUAGUAUAAACAAUGGAAAAUCCCCCUGCCAACUCCAUAGACCUUGUACAUGAAGCAAACUUGUAAUAGAGUUGUUUUAUAUGUUUUUGACUUCAUACAAAUGCUCCCUUUGUUAUGCAGACUCAGCACAAAGCAUCAUGUACCCUAAUUUCACGAUUGGAGAACAGAUUUGUAGUCUGUUCUCUCUGACUCUGUGUGUCUCUCUCCAUAUUCCUGGAAUUGUAUUUGUUGGAAAAUGAUAAAAAUAUAAUCUUAUAAUUACUAUAAGAGCAGGUUGGUGUUCCAAAUAAUCAACAACAGUACAACCCAAUACUUAGAUACGUGAAAUCAUCAUUAAUAAAUGUGGGUAAAAAAUGAA